UUGGGGUGGGGGUGGGGGGGGAGUCAGCAAACAGCAAGAAAGCAGAGGAGGCGAAAGACAGGAGGCAAAAGAGGAAGGGUCAUGGGAGUGUACUGUAUAUUUGCUAGUCCGGUCUUCAAAGUCAAGAGAUGCAAUGACUAGAUGACUCUUCACUCCACACACCAGCAUCCUGUCCUGGAGCCUUGACAGGAGGGGACACAACAAGCCCACCGUCCAAGGUAAACAAUCUUCAACCAGAACCACGCCACUGGAUGAUGUCGUCUGCCGGGUCAACACAUCACAACAAACGUCUGGCAUCUGAGACGGACAACUCUCAGAGACUGCUCGACAAGGAAACUGCUCAGCAUUUGAAGCUAAAGGAGAGGCAGCGCUUUUUUGAAGAAGUUUACCAACAUGACGUGGAAAACUACCUGCCCUCCACACACCUGCAGAUCGACUGCAGGAAACCUCCCAUGGGGAGCAUCUCAUCCAUGGAGGUGAACGUCGAUGUGCUGGAGCAGAUGGAUCUGAUGGACAUAUCUGAUCAGGAGGCCCUGGAUGUCUUCCUGAACUCAGGAUCAGAAGAAGGAGCGCCGGCAUCUCCAGGACUAGAGGAUGAUGAAGACGAAGAGGAUGAAGAGGCAGAGGUGGUCUACAGAGAGCGAGCGCCUCUGCAGCGACAAAGGGAAAUCUACCGUGGCUCACAAUCCCGCAUUUCUUCAACGUCGUCUGGUUCCAGCGACACCAGCGCCGGUGGAGCCGACACUCCUGUCAUCCAGUCAGAUGAUGAGGAAGUUCAUGCUGACACUCUGUUGCUGACAAGCGUCCCUCAGUUGAGGGAUGAGGAAUCAGAGGAGGACGAGGAGGUGAAAACAAGUCUUCCAACUGAUCCUCUGAGAGACUGACUUUUAUCUAUAACUUUCUUUGGCUUUAUGUGUACAUUUCUUUCUUAUGGGCCACAAACUCCAGCACGAUUGGGCCUCACUGUGCUCCUCUGUGCAAACAUGCCCUGUACCUCUGUUAGCUUUACAAAACUAUGUGGCAAUCUAAAAGUGAAUGCCAAAAAAAAACUUCUCAAUGUGAAUCAUUCCGCUCACCUGCAACGACACGUUCAGCUCCUCUUUUAUUUCUCCUCUUGCCUGAGGGACAACCGUCCUCCAGCCUGCACACAUUUGCCUGGAAAUCACUGGUUUAGAACCCACAAAAAAUGAACAAAAGUCACUGGAAGAAAAAAAUCAAAACCAGAAAACAAGUUCAAACAAAUUGACAAAAUACACAUAUUUUUGAAUGAAUUGCUGUUUGUGAAAACUUUAAAGACGUGCUACAUGUGCUUAGAGGCACAAUGUCCUUGUGAAUCUGAUAAAACUUAGAAAAAUAUGUUAGAUAUUAACCAAACCACCAUGUUUUCAUAAAGUAACCUUGAAACGGAGUAAACUUAUCAAAAGGACCAACACCGAAACUUUUCUUCAACAGCUUUUUAAGAAACUAAAAUAGCAAAAAAAGAUGAAGUAAUGUUUUGUUUUUUUUAAACAUCACAGAUGUGUUUCCAUGUGUAAUAAGUAAUUAAUAACAGGGCAUAAUUCAAAAUCACAAAUGAGCUUGUCAAAAGGAAAGACUUGAUGUUCUAGCAGCUUGAUGUUCCUUUUCACUUGUAAUUAUUAAGCGGUAAAAACCUAUACUUAAGUUCAAACACACAUUCACACUUUGUUGCCAAACGCUUGGGUCAACCCUGUAACCACCACGAGCAAUGUGGGAGAAACAUUCAAACUGUCAAUGUUGAGCUCCAAGGUCCAAGUACAUGAAUGUCCGACCAACUCGCUGUUUUACUCAAAGUGGAAAUUGUGGAAAGGACCAUUGAGGACACAACUGUUGAAAGCAAAAUAUCAAAAAGUUAGACCAGAAAUAAUAUUUUCAAGCAACAAAGGUUCUGGAGAAUGUUCUAUGGAAAGAGGAGAGAAAGCUGUUUCUUUUUAUUGGGGAAAGUCAUCUUUAAAGCACAGCGACUUUACAUACAGAUGCAAAAGAAAAAAGAAAAAUAAAGAAGCUUAGCAAGAAAAUAAAGUUCUUACUGUUACACAUAGAGGAACAGGGCAUUCUGCAAAACAUGCAAUGUGCUGCCAAGAAUCAGAAAGCUUGGUCAAAGUUUGGAGAUCAUGGGUCAACCAAAAAACAUCCAAGAAUAGCGAGAUCCAAAACAGUGGAUUAUCCCACAGUGGCCUGCUGUAAGGACCUGAUCUACAUGAACUGAAAUAUACUAUGUGGAGAUGGCACGCUGCAAACAUGUGACAAUUGGAGCUGUUUACCCACAAGGUGUGGUCCAAAAUAACUGAAAAGUGAGAUUUCAAGACUUUAGAAAGUAUAAUUGGCUGAUCUGCAGUCUAUCAAAAUGAGGUAAUGAUGUCAAAGGAUGUUUUUUUUUUUCUUUACACGAAUUGCAAUUUUGUGAAACUUAGGUAAUGUUCUUUAGCCUGUGUUCUUAUCAGAAAAUUACGAGGCUUUGCAUGAACCACACAUGUACUUUUGAGAUUGGUAACACACCUUCAAGUUAAUAUGCAAAUCUGUACUUGUAGCAUGAAGAGAUAGCCAGUAAACAGGUUGUGCGAGUGAUAAGUUUGUAUGAAACUGGAUAAUGCAUUUUAGUCCGGCAAAGAGAUCCACUCUCACAAUCAGGAUUCAAAACUUUGGUGGGAGAGUGAGUGGGACUGAUCAGUUUCCUCAAGGAAGCCAUACAUUCGGUACCAGAUUCUCAGCACUUUAUGGAGGAUUUUCUGGACUUCAUUCCAUUUGUAAAAUGUGUAGAAUUACAACUGUAAAUGAAAAAGCCAUUUGAAUCCAUCAAAACGUUUUCAAAGAGGACCGGGUAGGAAAAUGUGCUUUUGGUCACAGGUCAAGCAUCUGUUUGGGUAGGAUUAAUCCUACUGUCAUGCCCCUGAGCAAGACCCUUGGCAUUCAUUUCCCAAUUAGAGUUCUUCAGUUGCCACGAGUGAGUUGUUGAGAGUAGGAAAACAGGUGUUCUUGGAAAGUGAGCUUGGUUCCAUGAACCAUUUUUAAAAGACAAAAUGACACUGAUAAGAAGUACUAUACAUGGUAUAUGACCUCCUCUAUAGUGACCCGAUUAUGCAGUCGAGUAAAACAAACCACUUCUUCUUGUAAGAACCUGAUUUCUUUAUGAGCUCUACAGAUUAGAAGGCAAGUGUUUCUCCUUUUGUUGUUUGACAUAUUUGCUCAAGGUGCAAAAUGUCUGAAAAUAAACAUUAAUGCUUCAAACUGA